AUGAAAAAACUUCGGAAGUGAGAUAAACGGCUGCUACACGUGAUAUGCGUGGGGAGAAGUUUUCUGCCGUAUCAGCCGUAAAUGCUGCGAAGCGCUGACUUACCGCAUGUCCCCCCUUAAAAGCCCAGCGCUGCUGACGUGAGCUGCCCGAAGCGCAGACCUUCCUCCGCAGCCUCAGUCUCCGCAACAUCUAUCGAUUCGUGGGGCAAAAAUGGGGAAGAAAAGCGCCGAUCACGCCUAAAACAAAUGGCAUAGGGAACGUCUGCAUCGCGGUGGCUAAUUCAACUGCACAACUUGGUUAAGCCUGCUGGGAGAUGGAGAGCCGCCCUCUCUGAUGACAGGAUGAGGACGUACAUGCGCGGCGCUCCCACGGAGUUCUUCAUAAGUCUGCUGUGGGCCGCAGCCACCGGCCCCCUGGAGGCCGUCGAUCCCACUGGAGGAAUCCCUUUCCUGGGGGGUAGCUAUGACGGGCACCCCAUGCUGUACUUCGGGCAGGCGGAGGUGGAGAGCCUGCAGCAGGACGCGGCGGGGACACACCGCCUGCUAGCCGGGCGGAUCCGCGAGGCGGCUGAAGCCAUGCUGGAGCAUCCCGAAAACUACCUGCCGCCCUGGAGUCCCGAGGAGUUCAGCGCACGCUGGAACGAGGUCUACGGCAACAACCUGGGCCUGCUGGCCAUGUUCUGUCUUCUGUAUCCCCACCGCGUCGGCGCCUUGGACCUGGCCCGCGACUACAUGGAGAGGAUGGCUGCUCAGCCUAGUUGGUUGGUGAAGGAUGCACCCUGGGACGAGGUCCCACUAGCCCACUCGCUAGUCGGCUUCGCCACAGCCUAUGACUUCCUGUACGAGUACCUGAGCAAGUCGCAGCAGGAGCACUUCCUGCAGGCGAUAGGCAACGCCACGCGGUACAUGUACGAGAAGUCCUACAGCCGCGGCUGGGGCUUCCAGUAUCUGCACAACCACCAGCCGACCAACUGCGUAGCUCUGCUGACGGGCAGCCUGGUGAUGAUGAACCAGGGCUACCUCCAGGAUGCCUACCUCUGGACCAAGCAGGCCCUGGUCAUCAUGGAGAAGUCGCUGGUGCUCCUGCGGGACGUGACAGACGGCUCGCUCUACGAAGGCGUCGCCUACGGGACCUACACCACGCGCUCCCUCUUCCAGUACAUGUUCCUGGUGCAGAGGCACUUUGCCAUUGGCCACUUCAGCCACCCCUGGCUCCAGAGGCAUUUCUCCUUCCUGUACCGGACUGUCCUUCCAGGCUUCCAGAGAAGUGUGGCUAUUGCCGACUCCAACUACAACUGGUUCUACGGUCCAGAGAGCCAGCUGGUGUUUCUUGACCGCUACGUUAUGCGCAAUGGAAGCGGGAACUGGCUGGCGGACAUCAUCCGUCAGAGCCGGGUGGUGGGGGGUCCGGGACAGCCUGGGAAGGGGCAGAGGUGGUGCACACUGCACACGGAGUUCCUUUGGUUUAACCCAAACCUGACCUCCACACCUCCUCCUGAUUUCGGCACAUCACAGCUGCAUUAUUUUGAAGACUGGGGAGUUGUAACCUACGGAAGUGCACUGCCAUCCGGGGUUAACCGGACGUUUCUCUCUUUCAAGUCAGGGAAACUGGGAGGCCGUGCGAUAUAUGACAUCGUUCACAUGAACAAGUACAAGGACUGGGUCAAAGGCUGGAGGAACUUCAAUGCUGGACACGAGCACCCUGACCAGAACUCGUUCACCUUCGCUCCUAAUGGCGUUCCCUUCAUCACAGAGGCCCUCUAUGGACCGAAAUACACUUUCCUCAACAAUGUGGUGAUGUUUUCCCCAGCUGUCUCAGAGAGCUGCUUUCCACCAUGGGGGGGGCAGGUGACUGAAGCCUGCAACUCGAAAUGGCUGAAAUACAAGCAUGGAUUGGCUGCUGACUCCCAUGGCAGGGUGGAGGCAGCCCUGGUGAGACAGGGCAUGGUGUUCAUCCGAGGGGAAGGCAAAGCUGCCUACAACCCUGACUUGAAGAUAAGGAGCUUCCAGAGGAACCUGCUUCUUCUCGGGCCUCAGCUGCUGGUCUUAGUGGAUCAGAUCUAUCUGGAGAGUGAUAGCCCGCUGAAGUCCAUGAGCACCUUCUUUCACAAUACUGAUAUGCCUUUUGAAGACACACUAAAAGAUACUGUGCAUGGGGCUUUCAUCCGGAACGGGGAUGACUUGUACAAAAUGUUCUGGAUGGAUGACACGGGCUACAGCGAAAAGGCGGAACUGGGCUACCGGAGCUAUCCUCGAGGAUACCCAUAUAACGGUUCUAACUAUGUCAAUGUGACUAUGCCACUGAGGCAGCCGAACACUAGACGGGCAUUUAUUUUCUUUGGGCCUGGCGUGGAUGUCCAGAGCUUCAGCCUGCGUGGUGAUGAUCAGCGUGUGGACAUCUUUCUGGCCACUGAUGAACACACAUACACCAUCUACCUGCUCACAGGGGAGGUGACCAGCAAGCCUCUCUUUGCCAUGGUCCUUGAGGACCACAAGAAGAUCAUCUUUGCAAAGUCUGCGGCGGUAAAGGAGAGCUCCCCCGCCGAGGUGGACGAGUACGCCAGUCUGGUGGAGGACCACCUGCAACAUGCCAAGCCGGUGUUCCAGCAGCUCGAGAGUCAGAUACUUGCCCGAGUUCUCAACACUGAGAGCUUUCGCAAGACGGCUGAACGCCUUUUGCAGUCCUCGGGCAGAAAGAAGACAGAAUCGAUCAGAAAAAUCUUCGCCAACAAGAAACGGGGGAAGGCCAAGAACUCUAAGAAGGGAAGUGUCAGCGAGAAGCUUCCGGGUGGCCUGCCGGACAUCUUUGCACAGGUCGAGGCAAAUGAGAAGAAGGAACGGCAAAAAGCUAUAAAACAUGUGUAUGAAGAUAACUCGGAGGAACUGGAUGGUGACAUUAGGGCCUUCGUGGAUUAUGUAGACACCCACAAAAACAGGAAAGGGGGCGUAAUUAAAGGGCGGAGAUAUUCUGAAGUCCACAUGCUAGCUACACCAAAGAGUGAAGGUUUGUCAAGCUCCUCCUCAUACAUAAGGCUGUUCCUUAUUUUAAACAUCGGCACUUUCUUCAUAUUCUUGGCCGUGCUCUUGACGCGUUUUCAGAAGGCCCAAAAUCUGCAUACCCAGAAAUGUUUCUACGGCAUUCUCCUCAUCGACAGCUUCAUCCUGCUCUGCUUGUACUCCUCCUGUUCACGGGAACAGUGCUGAUGUCAUUCGUGAGUGGUCUUCCAGUGUCUGUUUGCAGACCUACUGAGAUGGUCACAUUUGGUGGAACAUUCUGCACGCCUCAGCCUGAGCCAAGCCUCCCUGACCCAGGAAACGUGGUUAAUUCCAAAUAGGAAUUGAUAGAAUACCAUGAUCAGCCAGAUCACCUCUGAGAUGAUAAGCUUCUGUGGAGCUCUUGAAUGCAGUGGGUGUAAAUUUUCCCAUAUGGCUGGACAUUCUGCCUCCUGGUGACGCUCUUCACGGCCGGCCACGAAAAUUCAGCUUCCAUGGAAAUCGUGCACAAUGUCUGUUUAGAAAAUAUAAAAUGUAAAUUUAUGAAUUUUUUAUUGUU